UGAAAGCGGACUGUUGAGGGUGUUAUUUUCCUACCCACCCGCUCGCGUUACUUAUUUCUGUUAAUUUUUCUGUUUUACAUUUCUAAACUUUUAUCUCCUUUCUACUUUUGUGUAAGUUUUCCUCUGUUUUUCUUCGUCAUUAUCUCUCGUUGGUCCUCUCUGAACUUCCAACUGCGUGGUGCGUUGGAGAAGCAACGUCUGCCAAGCAUCGUGCUGUACCCUACUUCCAAAUGAUUUCAUCAUGACUGAUACAGAGGACGCUCACCAGCUGGAGGGGAAACUGUCGGUGAAGGCGAACGCGGAUCGGAUCGAGGGAGGCGGCGGGCUCCGGCCGCGGCCCCGCUGCCGGAGCGGGAGCAACAGCGUCCGCCGCGAGACCCCGCACUCGCCCUCGAUGAGGCAGGAGCACGAGGCCCUCAAGAAGGCCUUCGAGUACCUCGAGUCGGAGCUCCAGGACACGGCCGACGAGGAGCCGCCCCCGACGACACAGACGACGACCCAGACGACGCAGCAGCAGCAACCCGAGUCGCAGCAAGCGGCGACGCCGACCCAGGUGGCCUGGGCCGAGCAGCUGGACGACAAGCUCCGCUCGCUGGCCCGCCGGAGCCAGGAGCCGGGCGCCUCCACGGCCAAGAUCGAGGACGACGGCGACGAGGGGAUCUACGAGUACGAGAACGGGAAGGGCGACGGGGACGGCGAUGGCGAGGGCGAGGGGGAGGGCGAUGAAGGUGGGGGCGGCGACGCGGAGGGCGAUGCCGACUCCGAGGACUGGUCCGAGUCGACCGAGGUGGAGCUGCCCUCGGCGAGGGUGCUCUGCGGCAGGUGCUGGAGGAGGGACGAGCCGGUCGCCGCCGACGAUUGCGUCUUCAUCCACCCCAGCGGGGACGUCUACCACCACGAGGAGCCCAAUCUCCCGGUCCUACCGUUUACCAUUGGUCAUCUGAACAAAGUUUCCGAAGCGGACUGCAAAUGGUUCCAUGCCCAAGAAUCGUGA